GGUAGUGUGGUACUAUAAAACUAGGGUUGUCAUGCCCUAAAAUGCCCAAAAUCUUCAAUUAGAACAGACGCGCCGCCGCAGCUGAAGAUCCGAUUUCGUCUUCAACCAGUUUUUGCUCCACAGAUUUUGAACUGACUUGUGUAAAUGAGGGGAAGGAGUUACACCCCUUCACCACCAAGGGGCUAUGGUAGAAGAGGAAGGAGCCCUAGCCCAAGGGGUCGCUAUGGUGGUCGUGGGAGAGAUCUUCCGACUAGUCUUUUGGUUCGCAACCUUCGCCAUGAUUGUAGGGCAGAAGACCUCCGUAGACCGUUUGGGCAAUUUGGUGCGCUGAAGGAUAUUUACCUUCCAAGAGAUUAUUAUACUGGGGAACCUAGGGGCUUUGGGUUCAUCCAAUAUGUGGAUCCCAGUGAUGCUGCAGAAGCUAAAUAUCAUAUGGAUGGUCAAAUUCUUCUAGGCCGCAGGUUGACUGUGGUAUUUGCAGAAGAGAACAGGAAGAAGCCAACUGACAUGAGGGCAAGGGAGCGGGGAAGUAGUGGCAGGGGUCGACAAUAUGACAGAAGGCGGUCUGGUUCGCCUCGGGAUUCUCGUUCGCCUCGGGAUUCUCGUUCUCCACCUCCACGUCAUGCAAGAACGCGAUCCCAUGGCCGUGAGUACUACUCCCCUUCCGCACGGAGGCAAAACUCGAGGUCUGUGUCACCUCAGGAGAAAAGGUAUAGCAGAGAUAGGUCAUACUCUCGCUCUCCUGCCUAUAAUGGCUCCAGGAGCCGCAGUCAAAGCCCGGCGAGGGAGCAGUCCCCGCCCUAUAAUGGUUCAAGAAGCCGCAGUCGAAGUCCAGUGAGGGUGCAUUCUCCGGUUGGGGGUCAAAGCAGGAGCCGGAGCCCUAUUAGAAGCCCAGAAAGGGGUGAAUCUCCUAGUCAGUAGUGAGAUACUCUACAAAAUGUGGCGGUGCUAUGCUAUGAUGUCAAAAAUUUUAGUUUCAAAAGUUAGGUGACUGACUCAAGUAUUGUACCUACUUUAAUGGUUAACUGAAUUCGUGACUGCUAUGGUUUUCCCAGUUCUUGUUUAA